GCUAGCAUGGAUACCAAUUAUUUACCUUUCCUUCUGGAAACAGCGUUCAACCUGCCAAGAAAAAGAUGUAUUACUUUUAUUGGACAUAUCAUUACCAGGACUUUGCGUUCUCUAUUUCUUGAAUUGGCUGCUCUCUGCAUUAUUUGUGAUAUUCAGCUCUCGAGGCUCAAUUUCCAAUCCAGAGCCGAGGCGUCACGUUGUGACACUAGUCUACCUGAAACUUAUCGUUAGUGUCUUAGAGGCAGGAUGGGCUUCAUUGGGAACAGUUAUACUCAUCGGAAACAAGUACUGCGAUAUUUAUGGUGUUGGUCUUCUCAUUAAAGCAUGCACAAUAUUUCAAUGGUUGGUGACUAUUGUAAGAUUAACUAUGAUGAUUAUGUUCUAUGACACAAGUUUGAAUAAAAGUGAAAAAGAACGAGAACAUGACACUUUGCAACAUUUUACAACUCCCACAAGGAAAGGGGCAGCAAAAAAAUGGAAUUUAAGGCUUCAGGCACUUUUCAUGAUGUGUACAACGGCUACAGAGGAGAGGAAGCAAGCUUACAGAACAGCAUCACAGCUUUUAUCUCUCUUGUCGUAUGACCUUGAUUAUACAGUAUCUGAUAUGCUUGCAUCUUUAUUGAUUGCGCGAAGAAAGAGCGUACGUCUGUGGAAAACAGAAAAAAAAACUAUAGCAGAACUUCCUCCAAUUUCAGCCUCAGAUGGACGUGUGUUCGAGAAGUUCCCACCUGAUGAUUUUGAGCCCUGGAUGAAUCUCAAAGAUGCAUUUCACUAUUUUAAUUUAGGACUGGGUGUAUUUGGCUGGUACUGGUUUAUAUUUAAGAAUUUUACUUGUGGUUGCUGCAUACUCUGUAGUCAUCUAAAAUGUUGCUUCCCUUUCCGAAAGAGGGCGCACAUUGUCGAAGGCGACAACUGUUGCGGCUGUGAUGUCGCCGGACUACAACUCACCACAAAACUGUUAUACGAGGAUCUGUUAUUAGUCAGCUACAAAGACAGAGUAUUCGAAUUGCCAUUUUUCGUCACCUACGACCAUGAUACGUCAGUCAUCCUCGUUACAGUCAGAGGAACCAUGUCCAUGAAUGAUUUUCUGACUGAUUGUGCGGCGACUUUCGAUAGCAUGGACGAGCCCGGCAUUCCUGCUGGUACUUUUUGUCAUGGCGGAUUUAUGACUGCUGCUCGAAUUAUCAAGAAAAAGAUGGAUGAGAGACAUAUCUUAGAAGAGGCUUUUAGUGAUAGACCUGAUUAUCAGUUGAUUAUUACUGGUCACAGCUUAGGAGGUGCUGUGGCUUCAAUUCUGACUCUGUUGUAUAAACAUCAGUAUCCUAACGUAAAAUGCUACGCCUUUGCACCGCCACCGACAAUAAACAAGACAGCCCUUCCUUACGCGGAGAAGAGCAUUUUUGCCGUUUAUUACGGAAACGACAUCGUCCCUUGUAUAAAGUACGAAACCAUCAAGAAACUCAUCAUAGAGAUGGAACAAAACUUUAAUGAAUGCACGCUACCCAAAUACAAAGUAUUCAUAAGUCAACACCAUAUCAAUAAAGAUUUAGAAAAUAUUGAACGAAACUCCAGUGUUAGCAGCUCAAACGGGAGCUCUGCUCCAUUAACUAGCAAUGAAACUACUUGUUAUAAUACUUUUCAUAUUCAGCAAUCAUUUCAACCCGUCUUGGCAAGAAGUAUCAGCGCGUCCCAGCCAAUCACGCAGGAUGUAUGCUCAGAAACUAGCUUCAUUGCUGGAAAACUUUUACACAUUUAUCCCCAAAAAGACAGAUAUAUACUGAGGUUACCUGAUCGUGAGGAAUAUGAUAGAGUCAUAUUCCGACCGAGAAUGAUCCUAGAUCAUGUUCCUAUAUUUAUCGAGAGAGCUCUAAAACACCUAGGUAAACACGAAUUCCUUGAUGCAACUUCUCUAAAAAUUCCAUCAGAACAAUAAUUACACUGAGUUCGAAUUAUUUUCAUCAUCAGAAAAGUUCGAAAGAAGUUUUACAGAGUUUGAGAGACUACAGUGUAAAUUAUAUCUCAUAUACACUUGAUGAGUAUUUAUCAAAGUUUAUCACUAUAAAAAUUUAUUAUCUUUGUAAUGCAUUACCAUCCACAUAAGUGUUCCUUUUUUGGAAGAAGCUUGUUAUUUCAAUUUUAAUCAUUUGUAUGACUCAAUUUUUCAAAUCCAAAACAAACAUUAUUUUAAGCAAACUUUUGGAAAAAAUUGUUUUUUUGACAUAUACUUCAAAAUCGGACAGUUAAAAUUUAUCUGCAAUUUUAUUUAACAAGCUGCAUUCACAGACCCAAGAAAAAAGCAAACAAAAUGAAUUGAAGAGGUGAAAUCUGCGAGAAUCAUAAUGAAGAGCUGAAAAUGAUGAGUUGUGUGCAAUUGCAAGAUGUUGAAAGUACUACUUCGAUAACAGUGAAAAGAUGCACGAGUUUUGGCGAGUGCCAAAUGUUGAAACAAAAUAAAUUGAAGAAGUAAAAUCUGCGAGAAUCAUAAUGAAGAGUUGAAAAUGAUGAGUUGUAUGCGAUUGCAAGAUGUUGAAAGUACUACUUCGAUAAUAGUGAAAUGAUGCUAGAGUUUUGGCGAGUGCCAAAUGUUGAACGAUUGCAGAUAUUGUUUUUGAAUGAAAAAGUCGAAUUGGUUUUAAAGGUUCCAUUGUCAUAUCAAAUAACAGUUCUCAACAAAUUAUAUGCUAUUUUGUAAGAGUUAUUCAUGACUAUUGGGUAAAGUUUCGCUGACCUAGCAGUUAUUUAAGUACCUAACAAACGCCAGAGCAGAGUAUGCCAAUUAUGAACAUGACACAAAAUGUCAUUAUGAAGAAAACGGCACAGUUUUGAGAAAAAUGAAAAAUGCUUGGGGUGGAAAAUUCUAUUCAAAAAAUGUUCGUACUCUGUAUUAUUAUUGUGUAUAGAGUUCUUAAAAAUAUGUAAAAAUUGAGAAUUAUCCAUGAGAUUUAAUACUUUUCAUGUAAUUUGGAAAAUCUCAAAAAAUUAGUGAUUUUUAAAAACAUUAAACAUUCAAAUUAACUAAAAUAAAUUAUACGUAUAUAAUUAAUGCAUUGAAGUGAUUCUACCUUGUUGUUUUCACUGUCGAGCAUCAUUUUAGCUCAGGUUUUUUAAACAUGCUUUUAUCUUCAUAUUUAUUAAUGUAUUUUACCAUUUUUAAUUAUUAUUUUUACAUUUAUUUAAACUCAUCGUCUGUAUCAUAACUACAAUAGAUUUUUGUUGAUUAAAUUAACAACAAUGGAAUCCGGUUUAUCAAAUAACUGGAGUAUCGAAGCUAUUUUUUUAAAAAACAUUUAAUAGAUCAAUCGGAAAAUGAAAAAGCAAAUCACUUUAUAUAAUUUUUGAUAUAAAGAUAAGUUUUUUUAAACUACUUAGAUGCAUUUUUAAUUGUUUGAGAAAAACUGAUUCAAGGCAAUCAUUUGUUAUUGUCAUCGGCCAUUAAGGCAGAGAGAGUGCGAUUGUUCUUGUCUUCCAGUGGCGCCAUCUACUGCCAAGAAUUCAACCUCCGCCACACACAUACGUCACACCCGUUUCUUGGGUGGACCCAUUCAUGCAUUCGUCCACAGAUCAUAAUUCUGACCCGAACCAGAGAGCGAUCAAUCUCCAAUUCAGUACCCUUGGAGGUACAGAUUUGUUAAAGAAACACAGAGUACUUUGUGACUCAACAGAUUUAACGUGCACCAGUUACCAUUUACUACGCGGGUAGUCUUCGGCCGGUUGGAUUCGAACUCCCGUUAGCACAAACGUGAAUCCAGCGCCCUGCCAACCAGGCUAUUCAGGCCAAGAUAAUCAUUUAAGUUAUGAAAGUAAAACAGAGAACUCAAAUUUCUUGGAAUAACCUAUUUUUACCUACUUGGGAAUAACCUUGUAAUGUAAUACUGUUUAUAGCCUACCUUAGAGUAACCAAUUUUUUUCAACUGAUUUACAUUUUGAUUUUCAAAAAAAUUCGAAUUUAAAUACAAUUUUAUGCAAAAUUUCCUUUCAAGAAUUAUAAAUUAUUUUUAAUUUACAAAUGAUCAAAAUUUUGCUUUUCGAAGAGACAUCUUUAUUACCAACUUAAACAACGCUAUUUGGAUGAGAAAAGAAAAAUCCAAAUUGAGUUGCUUAAUUUCUAAUGUAUGAAAUUUUUUUUUCUAUUUUUAAAACAUUCUUGUCUGGCCUAUUAGUUGAGUUAAAAAUAAGAUGUGCCCAUCAAAUUAUUACAAUUGCACUUGGUACAAGAUGAACUUGCUACUUGGUUGUGCAUAAAAUUCUAAUGAUUAGAACAGUGUUUUUUUGUGUUAAAAAGAUUUCAGUUCAAGUCAGAAAUUUAAUAAAAAAUGCUGUUUUAGAUUUAUUUUGCAUAAAAAAAAAAACACUCUAUAAAGGUAAAAAAAUAAAAUUUGUUUGAUAAGAAACAAUGCUGAUUAGAUAAUGAAAAACAUUUUAAAACAUUUACCAUGUGUUUGUGAAAGUAUUUCAUCAUGUAUUGUAUGUUUAUUUACAAAGAAAAUUAUGAGUAAGAUCUGUUUGUGGUAUUUUUUUUAAUCUUUUUUUUUAAAAAAACUACGAGUAAGAUAUGUUUAUAGUAUUUUUGUGAUUGUUAAAAAAAUUAUGAAUAAGAUUUACUUAUGGUAUUUUUGUGAUUAUUAAAAAAUUGUUUAAUCGAAUUGAUAAAAGAAUGUAACUAACUAUUUAAGAAGUUGUUCAAUUGUGAUUUUUGCGAAAAUGUGGAAAAGUUUUUUUAAAAAAUGCUUUUUUCCUUCUUAUUACGUAAUUUCCCACUUCUGUUUUUUUUUUUGCAUUAAAAUUUAAACUUCAGAAAAGCUUUACACAGAUAGUUUAAAAAGAUUUGGAAAAAAAGGUCGAAAUUUGCAGAGUUUUAUGGUAUUUAAUGAUCUAUAAUUUGAAAUAUAGUUACCAUUUUUAAGUUUACACUUAUAAAAAUUAUUGAAUGAAUUUUUAAACAUUUUACAUGGAAGAUUUUUCUUGCAAUUAAGUACAUCAUGUUAAUUUCACGAUGAAGGAGAAUUAUAGAAUUAAUUUCAAUUCUGAAGUAUUUUAUAAACUGUUUUUAUUUUACAUACUAUAGUAUUAACAAAGACAGCUAUUAAUAUAGAAAGAAGAAAGUGUUAGAAAGCGUAUUACAAUUUCAUUGAAAAAAAUUUCUUGUCAAUUAAGCUUCUAAACAAAUAAAUAAAUACUAGGUUGCAGGAGUUUCCAAAAAAAAAAUAUAUAAACUAAAAAGCAAUUCAACUUAUACUUUUUGUAAUAAAAUUUCAAUGCUUUGUAUUGAAACGAGGAUUUCUUUUAAGACAAAAAGACUUAAUCUUGGAAAAAAGAAAAAUCAACAAUUUAGCGCCACAAUUAUCUCUCACAUACAAAAACACAAUAAAUUACCUCUAUAAUAUAUUGCUCUUAUGUAACAUAUCACCUACAUUUUUUAUCAAAUAAUCAAAGCAUAGGCCUGAUAAUGUUGUGAAAGAAAAUGAGUUUUAAAGUAUGUUAUUUAAACGAAUUAUCUGUGAUAUCUUAGGGAUCAAGUGAAUGCUUAUAAUUCAGCAUCGUAGUAUUUAAAUGUUACAGAGUUGUAUAUUUGUAUAAAGAUGUAUUAUAUUUUGUAAUAAAUUUUUUUCAACAAAA